GUACUCAUGGGCAGCAAUGUUUCUUGUAAGGUCCUAAGAAUUGGAUCUGUAUAGCUGAAGAUGUGGAAUGGAUCAAUCAAGAUUCUACUAGAAGUUAAAUAUAUUUCUGACUUAAAGAGAAAUUUAAUGUCUCUAGGAAUGAUGGAUAAAAACGGAUAUUGCUACGAGGCUGAGAACGGUGUUCUGAAGGUGAUAAGGGGGCUAUGGUAGUCCUGAAAGGUAAUCUGCAUCAAGGGCUAUAUGUGCUGCAAGGAUCCACUGUUACUGGUGAAGUUGCAGUCACAGAAUCAAGGAGUGAUCAGACACAGCUCUCGCAUAAGAGGCUCAGACAUAUGAGUCUCGAAGGACUACAAGAGUUGGGCAAACAAGGAUUGCCGGAUCCCAAACAGAUUGGUGACUUGGACUUUUGUGAGAACUGUAUCUUAGGGAAGGCACACAGGCUGAGAUUUACCGCUGCAGUACACAGAACUAAAGGCACCUUGGACUGCAUUCACUCUGAUUUAUGGGGAUCACCGAAGGUUCAAAAUCAGAGGAGAAAUCCUAACAGAAAGGAAAACUUUACGGUGCAUUCCCAUUUGUGGCCCACCGGUGGAGCAAGCGUUUUCGACUGCUAGAUUAAAAUUUUAAUGGUUAAAUUUGUACAAUUCGUAUAAAAAAUUUACAAAACAUCACAUAGAACUGUUCAUAGUGUAGAUAUGACCGUUGAACAAUUAAUUUAACGGUAAAACACUUGUUUUACCGGUGGGUCACAAUUUUAAAAUGUAUUGUAAAGAAAA